UAUUUAUAUAGUUAUAUAUGUAAACAAAUGUACAUUGUUGAAAAGCACAAGUAAAUGGUUAUAAGGUUAUGGCAUUAAAAAAUGUAUAUAUCCACGCCUUGUGUGUGUGGAGUUUGCAUGUUCUCCCCGUGCCUCAGGGGGUUUCCUCCGGGUACUCCGGUUUCCUCCCCCGGUCCAAAGACAUGCAUGGUAGGUUGAUUGGCAUCUCUGGAAAAUUGUCCGUAGUGUGUGAUUGCGUGAGUGAAUGAGUGUGUGUGUGUGCCCUGUGAUGGGUUGGCACUCCGUCCAGGGUGUAUCCUGCCUUGAUGCCCGAUGACGCCUGAGAUAGGCACAGGCUCCCCGUGACCCGAGGUAGUUCGGAUAAGCGGUAGAAGAUGAGUGGGUGAGUGAGACAUGGCGGACGGGGGUGAAGGAGUGAUUGCGACCGAGACGUACGGCUCCCAGGAGGCCUGGUCAUACAGGAUACAGGAUGGAGGGAUGAGGAGAGAGAGAAGGGGAGGUGAACGAGCUGUUAGGGGGAAAUCGAUCACCGAUGCGUUCAAGAAUGUUUUCCUUCCUCAGGGUUACCCUGAGAGCGUCAGUGAGGAUUAUCUACAGUAUCAGAUAUGGGAUACGUUGCAGGCUUUCUCCAGUUCUCUCUCGGGCACGCUCGCCACUCAGGCCUCGCUGAAAGGAGUCGGAGUCGGAAAUCAACAAGCAACGGUUGCUGCAGCCACAUUGACUUGGUUACUCAGAGAUGGCACAGGGAUGUUGGGACGAAUUCUCUUCGCUUGGUUUAAAGGGAGCAAACUGGACUCAGAAGCCAAAAAGUGGAGGCUUUUCGCUGACGUUCUCAACGACCUCGCCAUGUUGAUGGAGAUCACGGCGCCUCAUUUCCCGCCGUUCUUCACUCUUAUCGUUUGUGUCGCAGGAGUCUUUAAGUCGAUUGUGGGCGUGGCCGGAGGAGCGACGAGAGCAGCGUUAACCGUUCAUCAGGCUCGCAGAAACAACAUGGCCGACAUCUCCGCUAAAGACGGCAGUCAGGAGACGCUGGUGAACCUGGCAGGACUGCUGGUUAGCUUGGUGCUAAUCCCACUUGUCACUGAUAACCCCGUGCUGACUUUUAUUCUCUUCUUCCUCUUCACCACUCUUCACCUGUUCGCCAACUACAAAGCUGUCAGGUCUGUCGUCAUGGAGACGCUGAACGAAGCGCGUCUGGCGAUCGUCCUCCGUCGUUAUUUGCUGGACGGACAAAUCCUGAGUCCGGCAGAAGCCAACAGGAGAGAGCCGGUGUUUCCAGAGUUCAGAACAGACCUGUGCAUCAAACUUGGGGUCAGACUGGGAGACGUCAUUAAACGGCCUCAGGAGAUCCAGCUGGCUUUGAGGAACAACACCAGGUCCUACAUCAUAGCAGUACAAAACGGGAGUGUGUGUGUGUGUUUGAGCGCUGAUGCGUCAGUGCGUGAUGAGAUCAUGGCAGCGUGUCAGGCCGUGUGUAUCAGCACCGUGUUACACUCGUCACCGCAGCACCGAGCUCUCACACACCUGUCUGGGAGCAAAGAUUCAUGGGAGCUGGUUUCUGAAAGUCACAAGCUGAUGGACCAGAUUUUCCAGCAAUUUUUGGCAGGUCUAGAGAAAGCCGGUUGGCAGACGGACCGGACGCUGCUGUCCUGGGACGAGUGGAGAGCGGAGUGGAGGAAGAAAGGCGUCUAAAACGAGACAGUUUCGGUUGUGAGGAGCGGCGAAGAUGAACUUUCUUACAGUUUGUUUUUAUUAAAAUUUGAGAAUGGA